AUGUUUCAGUAUAUAAGGGAGGAAGAAGAAGAAGAACAUCCAGCCACAGGACCACAGUUUAUCAUGACUGGGUGCGACAACCAGCACAGGUGUGGGGCAGAUUCCGAUGAAAGUGACACCGUUAACCCCACGGACGAUUCUACAGAGGACGUGCGGGUCUGGCACUGGGCGGAAGAAGGCACACCGCCGCCGCGCCACGCCGACUGUUGGCGUUUGCCUGCCGGACACAGGCCUAGGGUGCCAAGCCGAGCACACAGAAAGGAUCAUAGGACAAAGUGCGCACGACAAACUCUAUGUCACAGCUGGCCACAACAGGCGACGGGCGAGAACGUCGAGCUUUCAGACAUUGAUUUCGGCGACAGUAGUAGAGAUCACGAAAGCCACCUCCGAGGAGGAAAAGCAAGUUCGGAAGUUAUCUGUAGAAAACAACCCAUACAGACUUAUUGUGUGCCCGUUGUACAGAAUGCGUCGGGCGCUUGCAAACUACGCCGAACCGUUUUGGCCGGAGAGACGUCUGUUCUCUGUGGUGACCAACCAACACAGCGGGAAAGACGCAUCGACAAGGAUAUAGAACCUGGGACAACAACCGACACCAAACGUCUGACAGACUCUGAUCCAACCCAUUCCCAACAUGAGACACCGGAGGAAUACCGAGCCUACGUGAAGGAAGUUAGACGCGCAGGCCGUCAGAACUUCGCAAAACAAACUGCAGACCUUGUACGACGGACGUUACAAGUGGGGAACUGGGAAGACAUCGUCAGACAGAUCCCCCUGGCGAACCAGUUUCUCAGUGAGACCAUAGAAACAGCCAAGUCAGAAGCUAUGACAAUAUACGAUAAGCACAUUCAGGAUAAAGGGUCGCCACAAAGGCUGUACAAGCUCCAGGAAGCUCUCGUAAAGAGGGCUGUCUUGUCAUUGUCAAAGAGGUGUAAAGGAAUGAGUAACUGUACGUGAUUGUACAAACAUUUUUCACAAAGCACACCGACAUGCCGUAUGUCAUGAUUUUAAGUAGUGUGAGCAAAAGUAUUUUGAUUUUAAUGUCUUUAUGACUAUCGAUAUGACAAUGACAAUGAACUUUGAUGUAAAUGUUGACAAUGUGUGCCCUUCAGUUCAAUUAGAAAUAA